ACAAAACCGAACGAAAGUGAACUCCACUCCCCCGAAGCGUAGAAAAAAUGUAUAAAGAAUCCUCCCUCCACCCAGUAGAUGGCAGUGUUUACUCGAUUCGUACUCUUUGGCUAACGAAUGUUCUUCGAAUCGCUCUGUGAUGGCUCGUUUUGUUUCUCUUUGUUUAAUUUCGCCGGCGGGCUGCUCAGACUGCGAUAAGAGGCUAGAGUGUGCAGUUAGGGGUUAAAAGCAAACAAAAGAAGAAAAAUAAAAGAAAAAGAGCGACGAGAAGAGAAAGGAGAGGAACAGUGCCGGUUGCCCACUUCUCCGUUCACAUGGUCUUGCAGAAAAAGUUUCUUACGACAUCUGGUCCUGGACUUUCCACAUGAGAAGUAAAUCUUAGAGGAAAAGAGGAAAACGCUUGGGAAGAAGGGUUUUACACAGAGCAUGGCCUCCAUCAAGGACGACCGCGUGGAUGAAAGACUGACCCGCAUUAAACAAGAGGAGUUGAGCACCCCAGAAAAUUUGUGUGUGAAGUCGGAGGAAUGCGAAGAAAGAAUUUCAGCUGUUAAAGAAGAGUGCAUGGAGGAGAUUGUUGAAGUUAAGGUGGAGGAUGUGGAUGAUUUCUCGGUUCGUCGUGAACUGCAAAACCCUGAAACUAGAAAUCGGUUCAAACAAGAGGUUUCUGAAGAGUCUCAUUCAGCUUUACAGCAUUGGGCCACUAAUACAGGGCAACCGGCUACCCAACCGGACCUGAAAUCCGAAUUCUGCGAGUUUGAAGAGCAUGUCGAUGAAGAACAUGGGAGAGAAGGAGAAGAGCAGCAGUCAUCUAGGAGAGCUGGAAUACAUCUCCAGGAGACCUGCAGCCUCUCUGCUUCAUUUGCUCAGACGUCUCCUCACGGCCGACUGCAACAGGACAAGAUGAAGAAAUCAACAAGAGGAUCGGAGCAUUUGACAGCAGCUUCUUUCCAGUGCAGUUCGCUUCCUGCUACCAGACAAACACAGACAGAAGCCAUCAGCACUGACCAGCUAGCGUUUAACACAGAGCAAGAGGUCUUGUGUGCCAGUGGAAAGUAUGGAAAAACGUUUAAAACCAAAUCUGAUGGUAAAGAUAAGUCGAUUCAUACAAUACAGAAGCCAUAUGCCUGUGCUGAAUGCAGCAAGCUGUUUUCGCACAGAAACAGUCUACACAGACAUAAAAGAAUUCACACUGGAGAAAAGCCCCACUGCUGUGCAGAGUGUGGCAAACGAUUCCCUCGUAACAGUGCCCUUCAGCGGCACACACUCGUUCAUACUGGAGAGAAGCCAUACAGCUGUGCUGAAUGCAAUAAAAGUUUUUCAGAAAAAAGCAGUCUUCACAGACAUUCGAAAAUUCACACUGGAGACAAACCUUAUUGCUGUGCUGAAUGUGGGAAAGGAUUCUCAGUUUUAAGUAUGUUUCAUAUCCACCUGAAAAUUCACAGUGGAGAGAAGCCUUAUUGUUGCUCAGAAUGCGGCAAACAAUUCUCUCAUGCUAGCGCUUUUCAGCAGCACGUACGAAUCCACACUGGAGAAAAGCCGUACGUCUGUUCCGAAUGUGGUAAAGGAUUUACUUACAGUAGCAAUCUUCGUCAACACACACAAACUCACACGACCACAAAGCCAUACGGCUGCUCGGAAUGCGGCACGCGGUUCGCCGAUAGCCGCGCCCUUCAGAGCCACGCACGGUUUCACAUGGGAGAAAAAAAAUAUUGCUGUUCUGAAUGUGCCAAACGAUUUUCUCAUCCUAGCAAUCUCCAGUCACAUAUGCGAGUUCACACUGGAGAAAGGCCAUGUUCUUGCACCGAAUGUGGCAAGCAAUUCUUUGACCGUAGCGGUCUUCAGCGGCACAGGAGAAUUCAUACUGGAGAAAAGCCAUACUGCUGCCCUGAAUGUGGCAAACGAUUCUCAGCCAGUAGCUCUCUGCAGCAGCACACACGGAUUCAUACAGGGGAGAAGCCAUAUUGCUGUCCUGAAUGCGGUAAACGUUUUUCACACAGGAGAAGCCUUAAUCUCCACUUAAACAUUCACACGGGAGUGAAAACAAUCGGAGCUGAGCUAGCUGGGGAUCAAGACAACUGACACUGUGCCAGGGUGCUGAGGGCAGCAGGUCUCAUCAAAAGAAAAUUCCCGGAUUUCUCGUCUGCCUACCAUUGAUUAACUCAUAUCUGUGUGAACUGUGACAAGAGACACGAGUAGGAACGACUGAGGUGAAAGGCCUUGUUCUGUAGUGCAACAGACUGGGACUGUUAGCACACAAAUUCACACAGAGAAUCUUCAUUAGUGUUCUGAAGGUGGGAAACAAAUCUUUCAUAAAAGGUACACUUCAACAACCUGUGACAAUUUAUAGCGGAUAGUAACCAGGUUCAGAACAGAGCUGUGGACACCUCCAUAGUCCAACAACCACUCAAUGGACAGUUCUUAGGCUUCAUUUAUAUUUUGAACUUCCUUGCUUUUUCAACAAAUCGGUCUUUAUGUGUACUUAUUAUGUAAUAUGAACAUUUUUGUAUUUGCAUUUUACCUGUGAAUUUAUCACAGUGGUUGAGAAAAUAAACAAAC